UCUCCCCCCCCUGUCUUCUAUUGUUUCAAGAAACUAUUUUCCUUUUAUUACUUUUCUUGCAUCUCUUUUCACUUUGUUGGAGUCAUAAUCAUGGCUGAUUUCAUGCGGAGCUUUGUGAUCUUGUUAGCCUUAGUGGUGGCAGCCCCUUCAGAUGCGGCCUACUGCCUGUGCAAGGCUGGAGUGAGCGACGCCGUUUUGCAGAAAAACAUCGAUUACUCAUGCGGAAACGGAGCUGAUUGCUCAGCAAUCCUUCAAAAUGGGGCUUGUUACAAUCCUAACACUGUCAAGGAUCACUGCAGCUAUGCAGUUAACAGCUAUUUUCAGAGGAGAUCUCAGCUUGGUGCUACCUGUGAUUUUCAAGGAAGUGCUACUCUUUCUCAAACUGGACCCACUGGUAUGCCCUCUGCCUGUGUUUACCAGGCUAGCCCAAGCACCGGCGGCGGCACUCCGACUCCAACCACUGGUGGUGGCAACAUCACUUUCCAAGGCGGGAGCUUGGCCCCAACAGGAAGUACCGGUUCGGGCGACACCGGCCAUAGUGCUAGUGUGAGACUCUGCGGUUCAUCAAUGCUUGUUGUGCCCCUUCUUACCCUAAUAGGGAAUUUAAUGAUAAUUUUGAAAUAAUAUCAGAUUAAUUAUAUCACUGAAAUAAUAUCAGAUUUAAAAUGCUAAAAA